AGGAUAAUCAGGGUGAAUGUUUUCAGUCCUUAGACCUUGAACCUGAGUUCCAGACUCCAAACAUGAAACCACAUCGCUGCUUUUCAUGUGAUUACUGAUCAACCAAAUAGAAAUUUAAGCAAAAAAAAUGUAUUUGUGAGGGGACAAUUUAAACGGAUAGUUAAAGACGAGAGGAGGUGACCAAAAAUAAACUCCUUCGACAUCAGAGAAACGCAAUUUGUUUAAAGUCUGAGCCCAUAGUCGGGUUGGAUUCUCGUGCGUAAAACCAGAAUGGCUGGAGACCCGAACACCCUAAUGACGCCCACACACCCACGUGCAUUCGGGAUUUCUUUACUGCAGCAGGUAAACCAAGUCACCCCCGCAGCUGCGUCCACCUGGGUGGCGUUAUACAGUGGGAGGCAACGCGCAAAAAUAUUGAGAGUCCAAUGACGAGAGAGAGCCCUGCCUCCCCGCGGACUACUGGGCCAGGCGCACCGGAUUCAAGGUUUGUGUGCAUGUGGCGCCCCUUGCAGAGUUGCGCCGAGCAGACGGCACAGACUUUCUCCGUUGGAAGAAUCAGCGAGAUGAAGAGCAGCGCCGACCCGGCACCAUGCGCUCCAGGCUCCCACGGACCCCCUGCCUACUGCGACUCGUUGCGCUCUGCAUCCUCCUCUCGCACACCGCUGCUUACUUUGGGCUGACGGGUCGGGAGCCCCUGGUGUUUCUACCCGGUCCCUUUUCCAAUGAGCCUCCGACGGGGAAGGCGCACCUGAAGCAGUGCGAGCAGAUGACCCUGACCCGGCGGCAGAAGAGGCUCUGUCGCCGGGAGCCCGGCCUGGCCGAGACGCUGCGGGAGUCGGUGCGCCUCAGCCUCCUGGAGUGUCGCUACCAGUUCAGGAGCGAGCGCUGGAACUGCAGCCUGGACGGCCGAGGGAGCCUGUUGAAGAGAGCGUUCAAGGAGACUGCCUUCCUGCUGGCAGUGUCGUCCGCGGCGCUGACCCAUGCCCUCGCCAAAGCGUGCAGCUCGGGCCGGAUGGAGCGGUGCACGUGCGACGACUCCCCCGGCAUCCAGCAUCGCGAGGCGUGGCAGUGGGGGGUCUGCGGCGACAACCUGAAGUACAGCACCAAGUUCCUGAAGAAGUUCCUCGGCCAAAAGAGGGUCAGCAAGGACAUGAGGGCUCAGGUCGACACGCACAACAUCAACGUCGGAAUUCGGGCUGUGAAGAGCGGGCUGAAGACGACCUGCAAGUGUCACGGUGUCUCGGGCUCUUGCGCCAUACGGACCUGCUGGAAGCAGCUGUCGCCCUUCCACGACACCGGCCGGCUGCUGAAGUACCGAUACGACACGGCGGUGCGCGUGCUGAGCGUCACCAACGCGGCCACGGGCGAGACGGAGCUCGCGGGGCCCCGCCGCCACGGCCAGAGCCUCCGCACUACUGACCUGGUCUACCUGGAGGACUCCCCCAGCUUCUGCCGGCCGUCCCGCUACUCGCCGGGCACAGGCGGCCGGUCGUGUGUCAAGGACACCAGCUGCCAGAGUCUGUGCUGCGGACGGGGCUACAACACGGCCAUGCGCCUCACGAGCAUGUCCUGCCACUGCCAGGUACGCUGGUGCUGUCACGUGGAGUGUCAGACGUGUGUGCGAGAGGAGGAGGUGUACACCUGCAAAGCGGCAUAAUCAAAUGAUGAGAUAGGAGAAAUAUAGGGGGCGCGUUAAGACACAUACACACAGACUGAACUGUAAUCUCCUAGAGACAGUACACUGCCCCGAUCGCACACCAGAGCACGUCUUUGCAGACCUCCGCUCUGAGUUGCACGUUUGUUUGUUUUUUCGGCGCGAGGAACACGCAUUCCCAACGUUAUGAAAUUGCCGCUUACUCGCUAAUCAUCGCCGGCAGCGAUUUGAUACGCAGCCGCUCACAGUAGGUGAGGAUUGUUUGUUAAAGCCACUCUGCUCUCCUCUCACUGGAUGCACUGAACUCCCACUCUCCUGGGACAGAGGAAGAACAAGCUCUUACAACCGCCAGGUACUGUGGACCGGACCGGACGCCACCAGCAGCGCGACGUCAAGCCCCCCGCAGGGGAGCGCCGACACUGACUUUGUUGUUAUUGUAAUUACCCUCUUUUCAUUUGACUAUUUAUUGUAUCAGUCAUUGUGUCUGUUGUACUGCUGCUUCAUACUUAUAACCGUUGUUUGUUUGUUUUUAAUAAUCUAGAGUUGCCACUAAGGUCUAACACGGCCUUCAAAGGAAUCUACCUGUCUGUCUCUCCGUCUGCUGUGCUCUACUUUCUCCUUGUUAGGGUUGUCUUCUGAGUUAAAAGCACUUACGUUGCUCUUGCUACGACAUGAUACAAAGCGUAUAGUAAAUCAUAGAGGUUAGAGGGGGAAAAAAAAUGUCGAGUGUCUAAAUGCGUGUGUGCGCGCGUAUGAAUGCAACCACUGGAAGCUCUGACGGGCCGCUGCAUACGCAUUGUGACCGCGUGCAUGGACCGGUUUAUUGUUGUUGAGAAACGAGCCGGGUUUCAGUUGCUCUUAUGGAAAUGUGUAUGGAAAUCUCUUGCAUGUCGCCUAAUGUGCGCUCAACAGAACAAAGGGAAAUUCCCGGAGUGGUAAUGAGGGAAACACCAAAACAACUCGCUGCGAAACAAGAAUGAAACACUUAAUUUGUGAACAUACCCCCCCCCGCCCCCCCGUCUAUUUAUAGUCACACACUUUGCAAUACUUUCAUGUUUAAAUUUCCCUGAUUGAACCGUUUGGUUUUCAAAGUCUAAUCCAGCCACAUCUUUGUUCCCGAUGCCUUUGAACACGGGGCCAACUCGUGCUCCUUAUCUCCCCACAUUUGCUCAAUCAUAGAAAAUCACUGUUUAUUACUCCAGUACAUUCACAAAUCAAUGUGUGCAGGUCAAAAGUGCCCACUAGACCCAAAGGGUUUCCUUUUCAUCGGCCAGUUUAUGUUGAGCGAUUCUGAACGUUAUAUAUAUAAGAUAUGAAUAUAACUCAUGUCAGGGCUCCAGGCGUAUGACAAUGUGGAAUUGUAAUUUUCUACCUCACUUCAUCGUUUUUGGGCAAAUAUCAGUAAGAUUUAUGAGCUAUGCAGAGUUAUUCUCACUCUGUAAAUACACGUUCUCUCCUUUGCAUCUGUUUGAGUAAAGUUUUCUGUACAGUUGGUUAUAUACAUAUACAUAAAUAUACUUGUGUAUAUAUAUAUAUAUAUUUUUCAAAAUUAAAAAAAAGAAAUAUAUAUUUCAAAAGUAAAAAUGUUUUUCCUUGAUCAUGUUGCUUCGCAUACUUAUUUAAAACAAAUAAGAUGAAUAAAUGGACGUACGUUUGUAAAGAGCUUUAUGCGUUUGUUGUGUCUUGUUCAGCUGACGCAGGUGGUCACCCUCCACCGUGCUCUCACACACACACACACACACACACACACACACACACACACACAGACACACACAUACAGACACACACACACGCACACACGCACACACACACACACGUGCACACAGACCUCACACGCAACAAGGGAAUACACCUGCCUGCAACUCUGCACCCUGCGUCUAUCCCGCUGGUGAACCGCCCUGCCCUCCUUUUCAUCUGAAAGGCCUGUGGUCUCGCUGCAUCACCCUCAACCGCCCCCGUAGCAGGCGAGGAGAAGGGGGGGUGGGGGACACGCUUACAGGUGUUGUGCCUCUGGCCAGCACAACAACCACGACGACGAUCAUAAUGACGAUGAUGACUCGGAGGAAUGCCGUCUCGCUGAGCUCUUGACCCCCCGAUUCCCCCAUUAGAAAGUCAGAAUCGGCCCGUCCCCCAGCACCGCGGCGAUGAGAGCAGUUUACGUGCCAUUAUCCGGUGAGUCACAACCUUCAUCAGCGACGCUGCGGCGCACAGAGGGCUAUUGUGCGAGGCAUUCAUGUUUAUGUGUGCGCUCCGGGGCCUUUGAUGUU